AUGUCUGACAACCCUGAGAUAAAACCACAUGGUACGAGCAAAGAGGUUGUGGAAUCAGUUACUGACGCCACCUCAAAGGCUAUUGACAAACUGCAAGAAGAACUCAACAAGGAUGCCAGCGAGUCCGCCACGCCUGUAACCAAAGAAAAUACUGCCGCCGCUAAGGAAAGCAGGAAGUACAACUUCUUCAUUAGAACCGUCUGGACGUUUGUUAUGAUCAGUGGUUUCUUCAUCACCUUAGCAUCAGGUCAUGCAUGGUGUAUAGUACUGAUUUUGGGCUGCCAAAUUGCAACUUUCAAGGAGUGUAUCGCUGUAACAAGUGCAUCUGGACGUGAGAAGAAUUUGCCGCUAACAAAGACGUUGAACUGGUAUCUUCUUUUCACCACAAUUUACUAUCUAGAUGGGAGAUCCCUCUUCAAAUUCUUUCAAACUACUUUCUACGAGUAUCCUGUAUUGAACUUCAUCGUAACAAAUCACAAGUUUAUGUGUUAUUGUCUUUAUCUUUUGGGGUUUGUUUUAUUCGUUUGUAGUUUGAGAAAGGGGUUUUUGAAAUUUCAAUUCGGCUCAUUGUGUGUUACUCAUAUGGUUCUUCUUCUGGUGGUUUUCCAAGCUCACUUAAUUAUCAAGAAUGUUCUUAACGGGUUAUUCUGGUUCCUACUGCCUUGUGGAUUGGUCAUCGUCAAUGACAUCUUCGCCUACUUGUGCGGUAUAACAUUCGGCAAGACUAAGCUAAUAGAAAUUUCUCCUAAGAAAACUUUAGAAGGUUUUCUUGGUGCCUGGUUCUUCACUGCUUUGGCAAGCAUUAUAUUAACAAGAAUUCUAAGUCCAUAUUCUUACUUGACCUGCCCUGUGGAAGAUCUUCACACAAACUUCUUUUCCAACUUGACAUGUGAACUAAAUCCUGUCUUCCUUCCACAAGUCUAUAGGCUACCACCCAUUUUCUUUGAUAUAGCUCAAAUCAGUUCUAUCACAGUGAAACCAAUCUAUUUCCAUGCUUUAAACUUGGCUACGUUCGCAUCUUUAUUUGCACCAUUUGGAGGGUUUUUUGCAUCUGGUCUGAAGAGGACUUUUAAAGUUAAAGAUUUCGGUCACUCCAUCCCAGGUCAUGGUGGUAUCACAGACAGAGUCGACUGUCAAUUCAUAAUGGGUUCAUUUGCCAAUUUGUACUACGAAACCUUUAUCAGUGAACAUAGAAUAACAGUAGAUACUGUUCUAUCCACAAUUUUAAUGAAUUUGAACGAUAAGCAAAUUAUAGACUUGAUCGAUAUCUUGAUCAGAUUCUUAUCCAAAAAAGGUAUAAUAGCACCAAAGAAUUUUGAAGCGUUAGCUGAUAUCUUUAACGUUACUAAGAAAUCAUUGGCACAUCACUCCUGA